AUGGUUUGCGUGCCAUGCUUCAUCGUACCGGUGCUGCUCUACCUUUGGCAUAAGUUCGUCCAGCCGGUUCUGUUGAAAUACUGGAACCCUUGGGAGAAGAAGGACAAAGAUGGGAACAUUAUUAAGACGGAACCGAAAAACCCGUUCGAUUGCAGCGAUGGAGUGUGUCGGUUUGCAGGCAAAAAAUCUACCGCCAUCAAAGACUCAAAUUCACCACCAGCAACCACUUUCGACGAAACUUCCGACGUGCCGGUCGAAGCGAGCAAGAAAGCUGUAUAA